AUGGACUCUGCCUGGGCAUUCGAUCAAUUGAUGGAAACCGACAAUUCCGAUGGCUUCAACUUAGAUCACGCUCCCUCUGCGCACUGGCCCAUUAUGGAAUCUGAUUGGAUAAUCGAUCAAUUCAAGGAGAUUGACAAUUUCGAUGGCUUCGACUUGGAUUCUGCUGAUUUUGGCACGUCUGGAUCUUUCAAUGCCGAUGACAACAAUUUCUUUGAAACAUCAGGUAUCCCAGACGAUGGAUCGACAUCUCACACUUCUUGGCGGCCAUCGACACUUACGGAGCAAACUGCGGCUAAUGUCGCCAAUCCUGCGCAAGCCAGCGAGUCCCAAUACAAUGGCGAAGAGGUUCACCUUGAUCCUCCACUAUUUUUGCUCAAUGGUAAAGAGCAACAUAAUGGUGACCAACCAGUUACUCCUAACUACCAGCCGGAACUAUCUGGUCUGACAGCUUCUGGUUUCCAUAGUUACCAGCGAGAAACUCAGAUGAUAUCAAUGGGUUCGGGUGACGCUGAGUUGGGUGUCACCGAAGCCUCUGACCCUAUUACGCAUCUUCCUCCAUUAGAAUCGAUGUCUGACGUGUCACAACAUAGGGCCAAGCGAAGACGUACGUCCAAAAGCUCAUCGAGAAACGGGAAAAAGAAACGGCAGACACGCAUCAUUAUUUCUCCAGCUGCACAAAAGGUUCUAGAGCAGCAUUUUUAUAGCAGCCCAUACCCCGACGAAACGGAAGUGGCAAUAUUAGCGGAUGAAACAGGUCUCCCCAUACGGUCUGUCAGGAAUUGGUUCUCUAACAGCAGGACGCGGAAAACCGAGGCCAAUGGUAAAUUCCCUGAGACCGAUAACACCAGCAUGAUCUCUUUCGCAUUUGCCAUGGACAUGCGGCUAACCAACGAAAACAGACGUUCAUACUUGUCCACUGGAAAAGACCAGUACGGUUGA